AAUUAGAGAUGGCCUAAAUAAAUAUAACAAGUCACAGGGAGGAACUGAAUGCAAAAGAACUUAUCUACCUUAGUUUAGGAACCUAUGAAUUACGAUGUAUUGUUCUGUUGAAUUUUCUUAUGUUUUUGUCAGCUAUACGAAGAAAUAAGACGAAGGAAAACGAAUCUCACUCGUAAAUACUGCACAGCUAAAAUCACGGAACCGUCAACUAAGAAAAUCAUUCCUUGCCAUUAAAGAGUCACCCCAAAAUCAGUGCUUUUCGAUCUUCCUCUAUCAGCAUUUUCUAACGAAAUCACAAAAUUCUUUGAAAAUGGGGUUUUGCAGGGGCGAUGUUGUUGAAGUAGCAAGCAAAGAAGAUGGAUUUGUGGGUUCAUAUUACGAGGCAAUUGUGGUGUGCCAACCGCUCAAGAAAGAUUAUAUCGUGCAGUAUAAGACCCUUUUGAAAGAUGACCUCUCUGGUCCGUUGACGGAGUUUGUUACAGUCUCUGAACUCCGGCCAGUUCCCCCUGAGAUUCCGUUGAGUGGGUUUAGCUUAAAUGAUGAAGUUGAUGCUUUUGAUAAUGAUGGGUGGUGGGUUGGCAAAAUCACUGGUAAAAUUGGAGCUAAUUACUUUGUAUACUUUGAAACCAGUGGGGAUGAAUGUGCUUAUGAUAUAAGUGACUUGAGACUUCACCAGGAUUGGAUUGAUGGUGAGUGGGUUUCUUCAAAAAAAGACCGCAAAAUGUGAUUAAAGCAAUAUGAAAGUACUAUAUUUUUUCUUCACAAAUAGCCUAUCUUCACAAGGCAAGGGUAAGUAGAGGUAUGGGUUCGGGAUUGUAAUCCUUUUAAGUUAUUGGUUUCUAAAUUAAUAAUUUGUACAUAUUCAAUAAAAUUUUUAAGACAAAUAUAUGGUUUGAACAAAAACUAUUGGGUUCGGCCGCACCCGCAUCCCACACUCUGGCUCCACCCCUAGGAUAAGGUCUGCGUACACAUUAUCUUCUGUAGGCUCUACUUGUAAGAUUACACUAUGUUUGUUAUGUUAUGAUUCUACUUGUAAGAUUACACUAUAUUUGUUACCGUUGUU